AAAAAAMACCCAACCAGAAAGGGGUGAAAGUGCCUGAUCCAGACCAGCAAUCCCAGGGGGAAUAAUGGAUGUGACCAUAUCUCAGUUCAUCUUAGAAGAAUUUGAUGUGAACUGCAGCCUCCUGGAUCGUGUACACGAGACUUUUUUAGAGAGUUCCUCUAUCCCUUUCCUGGGCUUUGAUGGUCCGUACUGCAAUGCCACCACGGAUCAGAUCGGGACCUGCUGGCCCAGAACCUCUGCRGGGGAACUCGUGGAGAGACCCUGCCCAGAGUUCUUCAAUGGGAUCAAAUACAACACCACGAGAAAUGCCUACAGAGAAUGCCUGGGCAAUGGGACAUGGGCUUCCAAGAUAAACUACUCUCAGUGCGAGCCUAUUCUGGAUGACAAGAGGAAGUAUGCGCUCCAUUACAAGAUUGCUCUCAUCAUAAACUACCUGGGGCACUGUAUUUCAGUAGGGGCCCUUAUAGUUGCCUUUAUGCUUUUCUUGUGCUUGAGGAGCAUCAGAUGUCUGCGGAAUAUCAUCCACUGGAACUUGAUCACCACAUUCAUCCUGAGGAACGUGAUGUGGUUUCUGCUCCAAAUGAUAGAUCACAACAUCCACGAGAGCAACGAGCCCUGGUGUCGAUGUAUCACCACUGUCUACAAUUAUUUCGUGGUGACCAACUUUUUCUGGAUGUUUGUGGAAGGCUGCUACUUACACACCGCUAUMGUGAUGACCUACUCCACAGAUAAACUGAGGAAAUGGGUUUUUCUCUUCAUAGGAUGGUGUAUUCCCUGUCCAAUCAUCAUUGCCUGGGCCAUUGGCAAGCUGUAUUAUGAAAACGAACAGUGCUGGUUUGGAAARGAGCCGGGGAAAUACAUUGACUACAUCUAUCAAGGGCCAGUGAUUCUUGUUCUCCUGAUAAAUUUUGUAUUUCUAUUUAACAUAGUUAGGAUUUUGAUGACAAAGCUGAGAGCCUCAACCACUUCAGAAACAAUCCAGUACAGGAAGGCAGUCAAGGCCACUCUGGUKCUGCUGCCCCUGCUUGGCAUCACCUACAUGCUGUUCUUCGUCAACCCUGGCGAGGAUGACAUUUCCCAGAUCGUCUUCAUCUAUUUCAAUUCCUUCCUUCAGUCUUUUCAGGGUUUCUUUGUGUCAGUAUUUUAUUGCUUCUUGAAUGGUGAGGUGCGUUCUGCUGCCAGGAAGAGGUGGCACCGCUGGCAGGAUCACCACUCCCUGCGGGUGCGGGUGGCACGGGCCAUGUCCAUCCCCACGUCCCCGACACGCAUCAGCUUCCACAGCAUCAAACAGACCGCGGCCGUGUGACCGCCCCACGCCGACCGACGGACAGACGGAUGGACACCACCACCACCCCGUGGCCUUCACAGUUCUGCUGGCCUCACUCCCCCUCCGCCCCAAGCCUCUUUGUGCAGACUUUCUGCCUUUGUCCUCGCUGAUCUCUUCUCAGUGAGGGGCUCUCGUCUCCCACGUCCGUGAUGCUGCUCUAAGGCCGCCGGGAAAAAGCCUCUUGGAGUCAGUGGUGGUAAAACAGAUUCAAAGAUGGACCAGGUUCAACCCUGGCUAUAUCCUGUGGAAGCUCACAAUGCAAGGUCUGAAACAGCACACUGGCGGGAAUCAAAUUUUUUUCUCCUUUCUAUCCUUUUUUGGGGUUUUUUCCCCCUUUCGUAUCGUGGUGAACAAAGACUGUUUUUAACACGCUGCCCAUCUCRCCCUGUACAUUGAAUCCCAAUGGUUUCAGCAGUUUGGUGUAUAGUAGCCCGUUCCUUUCUUGUUUCCUUUGUAAAAAGUUCCUUCUCUGCAAAACUGUCGUUUGAGAACUCGUGGCAGCAARGAAAAGAGCGUCUCAAAAGUGGUGUGAAAAACCUGAAUUUAUCUGCCUUCCCCAUUUCUCCCUUUGACAGACUGGGAGCCGUCAGGGCAGCGCUGGACUGUUCAGCACAGGGCACUUUGCCUGGCAAGCACCGUGCCCUGCUCAUUCACAGAUUUUUCAAAGGACAGCAGURGCUCUAAGUAGCUCUACAAAUUACYCUCAUUCCUCUUAGCCCCACRCUUUCAGCACAAUGUAGGUGGAAAGCCUUUGGAAAGUCGUCUUUUCAGCUCAGAGGAUCGGGGUGGGGAAGGACAACUUUUCUGGGUUUGAAAAAUACAAAAGGGAAGCACUGUAAAAAUAAUAAUGAGAAGAGGAUGUUUGCUACGUGCUGCACAAAGGUAUCUAUUGAGCAUUUUGAACUAGAGCAGUUGUAUCUACCUGGCUUUUUAUGUGAUGUUCAAAAAUACUGUAUAUUUUCAAUAAUAAACACUACUCUGGGUUGGUUUCAAUAAAACCAGGCAUCGUUUUCUUUACUCUGGAAAGGAAGAGGACACCUGUCUUGAGAGUGGUUUUGUAUCUAAGAUCUAAGGGAAAGGAAUCCUGUUUGAUAAUGAGCCAAGAUGAACAACCUCAUGGUAAAAUUCUAACAAGAGGGCAUUUAAAUGCAAGAAGAUUUGCCUCCUCCUCAGCUCAUGGUUUUACGCUGGAUCYCUGUCCCUCUGCACUCUCUCCACUGGGUUUUGCUACAGCAGGAAGAAAAAAAAAUCAUGUGAUGUAUUCUCCAUCACCUGUGUCUCAACAGAGCUGGAGUAAUUUGCUCUUUUCACUUUUAUCAAGCUUACUCUGAAUUUUCUUCAGAUGUUUUAUAGAACUUUUCAGCACAAACUGUAUUUAAACCUCCAGAUUUAUGUUGCUGUAGUUUUCAGGGGCCRGAAGAUACCUUGGAAGACAUUGUUAUAAAUCCCCUGCUUGUGGAGGCAUCCUGUCCUAACAGCUCAGUCACAUUCUGCUUUGAGCUUGCUGGCGAUGAACAGCAAAUUCAAAUAAACAGCAUUUUGUAACUUUUCCCUCUCCUAACUCAUUUGGAUUCGUGUGCCUCAAAGAGAUAACAGAGGGAGGAGGGAGAUUGGAGUGUCUGAUGAGAGAGGACCAGGUUUUAUUCAUCAGCUGCAUCACAGCAGCAAUGCACAGCCCCUGGCAUCUUGUGUUUGAAGGGAGGGAUGUGUCCACAGGCCAGAAAUGUGAACAGUGAGCAUCUCUGUGUUUGCUCUGGCCCUGGGCCAUGCUGGGAUGAAAAAGGGAUUUGCAGUGCAGCAGAUAACUGUCAGAAAUUGCAGUUUAUGGUUGCUGCCAGGAGUGUAGCAGACAUCCAGGCAUGUAGCAGAAAUGAAUGUGKUUUUUUCUGAGUAGAAAAGAAACUGGGCAGCUGGAGCAGUGAACGAAUGGUUAACUCUGGGUGCUUUAGAGCUUACAGUUUACCCCAGUGAGCCACUGGAAUAUAUCCAUGCCAGGGCACCCAUCUUGUGCCAGUGGUUUUGGGCUGUGCCUGCAAUGCCCUGUUUUCACUGACAGUAAAUAUACACUGAAUGUUUAUGACCAAUAAAUAGGUGAAGACACUAAAAUUUGGUCUGUGUCAGAAAGUCAGGGGGCUGAUCUCCCACUGCAUGUGGCACACAACCGAGGAAAUUGUGCAGCUUUAAGAAGAUAAAAAUUUAACCUUUUCAACUCUGCAAGCUCUCACCCACAGGACUUUGGAAGAAAUUCACAGUUCACUUUCCUGACAGCAGUGGUGCUGCUCCUGUCUCUGCUGUGCUCUCUGGUCCCACAGGUGGAGAGCUGACAUCUGGCACCAACAGCAUUUGGCACACCCAAGCAGAGAUGACAAAAUGCUCACCUCUCCUGGAACCAGCUACAGUAGCUGCUGCUGCCAUCCCAUGGAAUGGGGCUGCUCAGAAAUGGAUUUGAGUUUAGCUGUUUGGAAAUCAUCCCACGUAAAAAAAACCGCCUGCAGAAGAGAUAAACAAGUGCUUCUGCUCUCCCUGGAUAGCCCUUGAUGAAAAUGCUGGCACAACUGGAAGUGAGCCACGCACCCUGAUGUCAAGAAAACAAACAUUUCUGAUUUUGCA